UUUUUUUGCAAGCUCCCCUUCCCGUUUCCUCGGCCAAUGUCAUGGACUCGCCUCCGAUGCUGCACUCGGUGAAGCUCUACGUGUACGACCUGUCCAAGGGCAUGGCUCGCCGCCUCAGUCCUAUCAUGCUCGGUAAGCAAUUAGAGGGCAUCUGGCACACCUCCAUAGUUGCCCACAGGGAUGAAUUCUUCUAUGGUAGUGGGGGAAUUUCAAGUUGUCCACCUGGUGGAACACUGCUUGGGCCUCCAGAUUCUAUUGUAGAUCUGGGAUAUACUGAAGUUUCAGAAGACCUCUUCUUAGAAUAUUUGUCCUCAUUGGGGGAAUCUAUAUUCCGAGGAGACUCCUAUAAUCUUUUUGAUCAUAAUUGUAAUACAUUCAGCAAUGAAGUGGCACAAUUCUUGACAGGGAGAAAGAUCCCUUCCUACAUUACAGAUCUUCCAUCUGAAGUCCUUGCAACACCAUUUGGACAAGCAUUACGACCACUUCUUGACUCCAUCCAGAUCCAGCCACCUGGAGGAAAUACUUUUAGCAGACAUAAUGGACAGAGCUAGCAAACACAGUGAAAAAUAUCUCAAUUCACAAGGGCAUUUCCUUUUAAAACUCUACUGUAUUAGAUACCUAUCUUAUAAAUUCAUGCCAUGGUUCAAAAGUGGCAUUUCGGACUUGAUAGGGAGAAUAUUUAUUGAAUUGCAUGUCAUGUGGUGAUAUCAGAAGAAAUAUGGUCAUAAAAUCAAAUAAUGUAUUUGCUUAUUAAAUUUGUUUUUGUCUUGGUUCACUUUUUUUACUAUCCUCUACUGAGAAAGUAGAAAUUAGGAAAUCCACCUGCACAAACUAAAGUAACAGGGAUAUCUUAGCCAUCUCUUCCCAAAUGUACUAAUUUCAUUACCAUUGUUGCAAUAUUUUCUAACCUCAAAGUUGUAAAUUUAACAAUAUUAAACAAUAAGCUUGAACAUGCUUUAAAUUUUUUAUAGGAGAAAAAAACUAAAAACAUUCACUGAGAAAUUAUUUUGAGUCAUACUUCUUAAACAG